AUGAGCUUCCAGGUACCUUAUGGAUCGAGUCCGUCGACACCAGACAAGUCUCGGAGCUUUUUCAGCGACAUCUCGGCGACUCCUGGAGAUGCACCGCCUUCCGCAGCCAAGUCCUUCACUCCUCGAGGCCCUCCUCCAUCUACCAUAUUCGGAAGCUCUCAGAUGAGCUCAAGAUCGCAGCUGGAUUCUCCCCAGUCCCUUUUCACCAAAUCCGGAGGGGUCGAUUUCAAUGACAGCAUCUUCAAUUCCUCAGUGGGAUCCUUCCAUCAGCCAGCGCCCCGAGCCAAAAAUGCUGGGUCAGGGAAACCCUUCGCGCAGUCGCAGUCUCUUUUCAGCAUGACGAACAAUACUCGAUUCGGCGAGUCGACCGGUUUCGGAAUGUCUAAUGGUUUUACUUCGCAAAUGGAUGCAGAAACCAACGCCGAUGACGAACAAAUGAUACCCGAGGAGGAAGAGGAUGUCCAGGGGGAGGAUGAAAUGGACAUGGGCAACGCCGCACACCGAUUGAGCUUCUUAGACUCGCAGUUUGGCAAUUCCACACAAGCACAGCCUACGUCGCAUGGUCAACGAAAGUCAAUAUACUCAAACCCGGGCAAUGCAAAACGGCCGAAGCUCGACGAAAAAUGGGCUCAACAAUCACCGUUGCGCAAGGGUAAACUGUCUCCAAAGAAGGACUCCGCAAUGCCCUCGAUCGUAGGGAAUUUCGCCUCUCGAGCCGGGCCCGCGGCGGUCAACGAGCCAAGUGACGUGAUCAUCAGCACCGAGGACGAAAUGUGUCGAAUGUACGAUGAAGUAAGACAAUCUGAGUUUACGAAUAGAGACAUUCAAAUUAUUCUCUCCGAGGUGUGCAGCAGACUUACAAACUCAUGGAAGCCAUCCAUGGAGGGAAGCCGUGUCCCCAGUGCACCUGGCGCAGGGACGGACAUUGGACCUGGGGAUCGUGCUCCUGAUGUUGCCAAGGCCAGCUUUCUCGGCUCUUUACUGCUUCAACUCCAUCACCCGCCUCUGUCGACCCCCCAGCAAGGGAGUCUCAGCAAUAAUCUAGGAUUUGCGGCUCCCCGGAGUCUAGUCGUCGCGGCCUCAAAAUCGGAUACGCCUACGCCAAUACCCAAGGUUCUUUUGGACUGGCUUGAAGCCUAUCAUUCUUCUCAGCACGAGGACCUGCGAGCUUUGAAGGAAGUUGAGCCUAAUCCCACCGCAUCUUCCAAUUUCUGGGAGAUCGUCAAUGCAGCGGUGCUACGUGGGCGCUUCUCGGAGGCGGCAGAUAUCCUGCGAUCGGCGGACUUCAAUUAUGCCAGGUCAGCUUUGGAGGAUGGCUUACCGCAAUCAGGCUAUCGUGGGGCACAGCUGCAAAAUAUCCAAAGAUGUAUCAAUAAGGCUCUUCAAAUUUUAGAGUCAUCUCCCAGUAUCCAGUACGAUGACUGGGAUGUCAAAGGCGCUGAGUGGGCGUUGUACAGGAAACGUGUCACAACGGCCGUAACAGAUCUGGAGGAGUUUGCGGAGGGAGGAGAGCAGCAAUCGGUCGAGCCCCCGGUCACGGACAAUCGCUUUCAGGCAAUCAACUUUGGGCUGAAGCCUAGUCCAGCAAAAGUCGACUUCUCUUUCACCAAAUCUGCGCGCAUGGCAGAAAGCCGUGUGCCUUGGACGAUCUAUCAAAGUUUGAGAUGUCUGUACCGUAUCAUACUCGGUGAUGCCAACGCCAUUCUGAACCUCGCGCAAGACUGGAUCGAGGCCACAAUUGCGCUUACGGCCUGGUGGGACGGCGAGGAUGAUGAGACAGCGCAAGGGAAGGGCGAUGUUCCCCGCAGAGGCAUGUUCAGAUCCCAGGCCUUCCGCGAUGCCAACGAAGAUCCUGUGAAUGCCUAUUUGCAGCGCCUGGAUCUUGCCUUCCGUAGCGCUAUCAAUGAGGAAAUGUCAGAUUCCAGUUUCAGGGUCAAUCCAUUGAGUAGUCUUGAGGUCGGUCUGGCUUCCGUUUUCGAGGGCAACGUUGACGGUGUGCUUGAGCUGAUUCAAACAUGGUCAUUGUGCAUUGCCUCUGCUGUGGCUGAGGUCGCCUCGAUUGGUGGCUGGCUCGAUACAGAGAGAGGAGCGAAGCCGCUGCCGGGUCUCAGUGAGAAUGACCUGAUGGUCCUCUCGUACGGUCAGAACGGGAAUGAACCGAACAAGCGAGUUCGCAAGGAUGACGUUCUAAGCACCUACGCUCUCGGCUUGUUCAAACGACGUACGAUUGAGCACACGUCCGGCGUUCGUGAUGGCUGGGAGCUUGCUCUGGAAGUUGUGAGCCGUCUAGAUGACGCGGAGAAAUUGCAGAAGAGUGUUUCGGAAUUACUUGACAAGAUCCCUCUUGACAAUGUUGAGCAGUUGGACAAAGUGGUAUUACUUUGCUCCGAGCUUGGUCUGGAUAAGGAAGGAAGGAGAGUGUCUGAGCGAUUUGGUGAUCAAACGGUGGAAAAAUCUGAUGAGUACGGUCUGGCAUUGGUGUGUUACGCUCGCGCACACAGCCGUCGGAAGGUGAAGUCGGUUGUCGACCUACUCAUCUCGUACAGCCUGGUUCAAUCUCGCGCAUAUCCCGCAUCUGCAGAUCUCGAUGAGCAGCUGGAGGCAUUGAUCAGAGACCCAAAGACCUGCCUUUCAGCGAUUGCGGGUUCCGACGAGGACGCUGCAAGCAUCCUCCAAUUUUAUUUCAGCGGAUAUGCCACUCUACGUCGGUUUUAUGAGAUACGAGAUGAAGCGAUCGGGCUCAGGGAGGGACAGCGACCUCGAUUCAAACCCUUAGCCAGACGUAGGGCAGCAGCCCAGGCUUUGGUUGCAGUAAUCAGUAGCGCCGCAGAUAGUAUCUACGGUGGACUCUAUGAUCCUGGUCGUGACUCUGCGGUGCAAGUGGACGGGCUUCUGACACUCUUGGGAGAGGCCUUGCCGUUAAUUGAUCAAAACACUCCGGUGCUUUCGAUGUCUCAACAAUUUACUAUUCUCUCCGCAAUUGAGGAUCUGGAAACGGUCACACCCCGGGUCUACUCCCAGUGCGAAGAAUGUUUCCGCUCUGCGCUCAUCGAGUAUCACUCCUCUGAGCGUGCAUCGUCCGGCGGUCGAUCCUCCGCUGAAUCCUAUGUUCUGCCGCCGUCACCACGGGCACUUUUGAAAAAAUCUGUAUCUUCGCUCACCGCAUCCAGCACAUUUUCCUUAAUUGGCAGUGAUAUGAUCGAGAGUGCUCGGAACCGAACCAUGUCUGGCUCGGGAUCUGUGACCGGCUCAGGUGUGUUAGUUCCUCGUCCCGGAGAUGGAGCUCAAACAGGAUCCCACGAGCGCGGAUGGGACUGGCGAGCUGCUUUACCGGAGGAUAUCAAGGGAGAGGAAGUUCUCAGGAUGUUACGGUUGGGAUUAGCCCGAGGCUUGAGCUUCGGUGCUCUGGGGUCUGUUUGA